AGUAGAUUUGCAGUUAAUUCGAAUUUACAAUAAAAGUUUAUAAAUGUGUUUGAUUUAAUAUUCUCUUUUUGUUUAUUAUUUAGGACUCACUGCAUACUGUUUAUCCAUCACCAAUGGAAAGAUUUAUUCAUUUUCUGCUUUUCUCAGGAUUCUGGACGUUCACACAGAGCAACUCAAAUGAAUAUAUUCUCAUCCAGGAGAAUAAGACCUGGGCCGAUGCAAAAGUUUACUGCAGAAAGUAUCACAUCGACUUGGCCUCGGUUGCAAGCAAUGAACAACUGACACGUCUACGAGAAGCAGUUAGUGCUGCGCUUCCUCGACUGGCUUGGACUGGACUGUUCAGACUCAAUAACACUUGGUUUUGGAGUUAUCAAUCUGAGAAAUUCUCAUUUGAAUUCUGGAAGCCUGGAAGGCCAAACAACUACCAUGGAAAAGAGGAUUGUGCUGUCAUCAAUGCCAGUGGAUGGGUGGAUAUGGCAUGCACUGAAUUGUUUCCAUUUUUUUGCUACGAUGACAGCGGAGCAGGCAGUUUUGUUUUUAUCCCUGAAUUUCAUUCACGGUAUAAUGCUCGGAUGUACUGCACACAGUAUUACACAAACCUGGCCAUCAUUCGAAAUCAAACUGAAAAUGACCUGCUGCUGAAUAUGAUGGCAGGAUAUGAAAAUGCAUGGAUUGGUCUAGCGAAAACCGGCUGGUGGUGGUCAGAUGGAACAAGUUCCUACACGUUCCCCAUAACCUGGAGCGCUGGACAACCUGACGUGACUGGCCUGAACCCACUUUGUGCCGCUACAACUCUUAAUGGAUUAGAUGAUCGACUCUGCCCAGAGACCCUUCCAUUUAUCUGCUUAAAACGUACGCUUCAUGAGUAA